CUUCUCACAUUAUUAUCUCUCUCUACCACCACUUCUCUCUGCCCAAAUUCUCUACAUGUUCAUAUCAACGGUCUAGAGAAACCCUUAUCAUCACCGGCCUCCUCCUCAUCAUGGACCGUAGAUUCUACACCAACUCAUAUGAUGACCCUGAAAAUGGGCCCGGCUCGCCGUCCUCAGGUGAUGAAGCCAAGAUCAACGGUUCACCUUCACCCAAGAAAAGAAAGGGAGCAAAGAAGAGGGUGGUGUCAGUACCGAUCAGUGACGUGGAAGGAUCUAAGAGCAAAGGAGACGCGUAUCCACCACCGGAUUCUUGGGCCUGGAGGAAGUAUGGCCAGAAGCCCAUUAAAGGAUCUCCCUUUCCCAGGGGAUAUUAUCGAUGCAGUAGUUCGAAGGGGUGCCCAGCGAGAAAGCAAGUGGAGAGGAGCAAUGUGGACCCCACUAUGCUGAUUAUAACCUACCAAAGCGAUCACAAUCACUCCUUGCCCACCUCUACCAAACACCACCACCACCAGCCCACCAUCUCCGGCUCCUCAGACUGCGGCGCCGCCUCUCCUGAUAAAUCUUCCGCCUCCGCUUCCACUGAUGCCGGAGUUUCAGUCCCCGCCAAAGCGACAUCUGGAGGUAGCGAAGUCGAGUUCUUCAACAAUAUUCCACCGGACCUCCAACUCAUUGAGGAUCAAUACGGCUGGUACGGUGACGUGGCGGUACUUGAGAGCCCGAUUUACGCGGGAAACAGCAAUUACGAUGCUGACGUGGCGAUGGCGUUCAAAAUGGGUGAGGAGGAAGAGUCUCUGUUCGCAGAUCUCGGUGAGUUGCCGGAAUGUUCAUUGGUCUUUAAACGGAGCCUUGUGGUCCAGUGCGGCGGCAGUACACUAUAAGAACAGUGGCGCGUCUUCUCUUUUUUGUUGUGCAUCUUUUCUUCAAGUAAAUACAAUAACCAGAAAACAAAAAAAUAAGCGCCAUUGAUUGUAUAAGAUUCUUUUUCGAUGUUUUUGUUGUCUGGUUCACAGUGUACAUUAGAACAUCCUAAAAGAAAGAAGAAAGAAACAAUAAUUGUUUAAUUAAA